UUCAAAGAAGAAACUGUAACCAUGAGUGGACGAGGCAAGGGUGGCAAAGGGCUCGGCAAGGGAGGCGCCAAGCGUCACCGUAAAGUUCUCCGUGAUAACAUCCAGGGUAUCACCAAACCCGCUAUCCGUCGUCUGGCUCGCCGUGGCGGAGUGAAGCGUAUCUCCGGCCUGAUCUACGAGGAGACUCGUGGUGUGCUCAAGGUCUUCCUGGAGAACGUCAUCCGUGAUGCCGUCACCUACACUGAGCACGCCAAGAGGAAGACUGUGACCGCCAUGGAUGUGGUGUACGCUCUGAAGAGGCAAGGCCGCACUCUGUACGGCUUUGGCGGUUAAACUCAUUCGACCUAAUCCAUCAAACGGCUCUUUUAAGAGCCACACACUUUCACUUUGAGAGUUUUGUUCCCUUAUGACCGACUGACAUUGCCUACAUAUUGUAACUGACUGGGUUACAAGUCAGUUGACUGUUGUGUUAUCAGUGUAUUGUGUUCAUAGUUGGACCACAUCCGCAGCAUGGUGAUUUACCGAGUGUCCUUGAAUGUGCAGUAGUCGAGAGGCCGGUUAGUCUGUCAAUCAGAUCAGCUACCAAUGACAGU